GUGAGAAAAAUUGGCCUGAUAAAGAAAGGAAGCGCGUAAUUUCGACCCUGACCCCACCAUGGUAAUUAAUUAUUGUUGUUGUUGAGCCCAUCCCCUCAAUUGACUACACUAAAACCAACAUUACUCAUACUUGUAAAGGAUAUAAACCAGCUUUCAAUUACAACUUACUUACCUACUCAUACAAUUUCACAUAUACAAACUUCAAAAUGGCAAAGGAUAAGGUAAGAUUGAACUUUCCAGUUUCAUGAAUCAUAUAACAGCAAAAAGAGUCCUGAGCUGAUGUAUAUCGACUUCAGGUCUGUCUCGCCUACAGUGGUGGUUUGGAUACUAGCUGUAUCUUAGCUUGGUUGAUUGAGAAGGGAUAUGAUGUCGUUUGCUUCAUGGCCGAUGUUGGUCAAGAGGGUAUGAUAUUUUCCAGUUUUUUAAGGAAAGUAAUAUCUUGCUAAUAAGAGAGCAGAGGACUUUGAAGCUGCCAAGGCCAAGGCUUUGAAGAUCGGAGCUGUUGCAUGCUAUGUUGAGGAUUUAAAGAGGUAUGCAAGCAUGUUAGUCUUUGUUGGAGAAUAUAAUUAAUAUUAUAUCCAGAGAAUUCGUCGACGAGCUUUGCUUCCCUGCCGUUCAAUGUAACGCCAUCUACGAGAACGUAUACUUGCUGGGUGAGUCACACAUAUGUUAUACAAGAGGAUUUAAGGAGAGUUGAGGCUAAUUAGUUUGACAAUCAGGUACAUCUCUUGCUCGUCCAGUUAUUGCUCGCGCACAAAUCGAUGUCGCCCAAAAGGAAGGAUGUAUUGCCGUAUCUCACGGUUGUACUGGAAAGGGUAACGACCAAGUUCGAUUCGAGCUCGCAUUCUAUGCUCUCCAACCAACCAUCAAAGUCAUUGCCCCAUGGCGUCUUCCAGAAUUCUACGAGCGUUUCGCUGGCCGAAACGAUCUCCUAGAGUACGCUGCUAAGGCAGGCAUUCCAGUUAGCAGCACAAAGGCCAAGCCAUGGAGUAUGGAUGAGAACUUGGCACACUGCAGUUACGAAGCUGGUAUCUUGGAGGACCCAGAUGUCACCCCACCAGAAGAUAUGUGGAAGUUGACUGUUGAUCCAUUGAAGGCUCCUGAUCAACCAGAAGACUUCACUCUCGUUUUCGAGAAGGGUCUCCCCAAAAAGCUCAUCACAAAUGGUAAGACCAUCACUGACUCUGUUGAACUCUUCCUCGAAGCCAAUGCCAUCGCUCGUCGUCACGGUGUUGGACGUAUCGAUAUCGUUGAGAACCGUUUCAUCGGUCUCAAAUCCCGAGGAUGUUACGAAACUCCUGGUCUCACCUGUCUCCGCGCUGCUCACGUUGAUCUCGAAGGUCUCGUCAUGGACCGUGAAGUCCGUGCUCUCCGUGAUCAAUUCGUUACCUACAAUUACUCCAAGAUUCUCUAUAAUGGUCUUUACUUCUCCCCUGAACGUGAGUUCAUCGAGGAAUCUAUUGUUGCUUCCCAGAAGAAUGUCAAUGGACAAGUCAGAUGUCGUGUAUACAAGGGUACCUUCAGUGUCUUGGGUCGUUCCUCAGAAACCGAGAAGUUGUACGAUGCAAGUGAGAGUUCCAUGGAUGAAAUUGGUUCAUUCGCUCCUGCGGAUACUACCGGUUUCAUUAGUGUUCAAUCUAUCAGAUUGAAGAAGUAUGGUGAGGCUAAGGCGGCUGCUGGUGAGAGACUAUAGAUGGAUCUUGUCACCUUGAUGGCUUGAACUUAGUCUGAGUCUCGGUUGGGAUUGAGACACCCGGGAGGUUGCACAAUCGCACCAACUGCGGAUGGAGCACUGAUCUUUUUCGAUUCUCGGAGUGCAAAGGGGGACAGGAAUAUGAUAAAACUAAAAUGCUACACAAAAGUAGCAUACAUAUGAAAAUAGACCAGCUUAUUCUCGCCAGUACCACUUCAAUUAAUGACGUUUUUUCUGUUUGUU